AUGCAAUCUCCCAGAAUACCGGGGAGGAAACGAGGACGGCCCCCGCUCCAGUCUGCUCCCAUGAAAAUGACUGUUCACAAUCUUUACUCAGCACCAGCUGCCUCUUUGCCAGGAGUGAAGAUCCCAAAGAAGAGAGGGCGAAAACCCGGGUACAAGCUGAAGUCCCGUGUGCUGAUGACGCCGUUAGCGAUCUCUCCUCCAAGAAGCACGCCGGAGCCUGAUAUUAGCUCAAUCCCGCAGGACGCAGCUACCAUACCCACCUCGGCUGCCCCGCAAGCGCUCACAGUCUGCAUAUACGUCAACAAGCAGGCUAACCUGGGGCCGUACCUUGACAGAAAAAAGGUGCAGCAGCUCCCAGAGCUCUUUGGGCCCGAGAGACCUUCGGCGGUCCUGCAGCAGGCUGUUCAGGCUUGCGUCGACUGCGCGCUCCAGCAAAAGGCUGUCUUCUCCCUCAUCAAGCAGGGCUACGGAGGCGAGAUGGUGUCAGUUUCAGCUUCUUUUGAGGGGAAGCAGCACCUCCUGAGCCUGCUGGUGGUGAACAGCAUUGGGUAUGUCCUGCGCUUCCUGAAGAAGCUCUGUCGCAGUCUGUUGUGUGACAAUCUCUUCAGCAACCAGCCUUUCCAGCAGUACAACACUGUGCCAGAAAGCCCAGAGGUGUAUGAAAACAGACGGAUGGAGGCAGCAGAAACAGCGGUACCUGAGGAUUACCUGGCCGAUCCCGCGAACGCGAAGCGCUACAGCGUGGACCCUGCCGACUCGGCCUGCGGCUGCGUGAGCUCCAUGUACAGCACGCGGCCAAGCCCCGCCGACGGGCGUCUUGCCGCAGGCUCUUCGUCCGCCUGCAGCCAUCGUCCUGCCCAGAUGUCUUCAGGGGGAUCCUCCUCCACUGGCCUACGGCAUCCGACCUCCAGCCCGACUAGGAACGGGACCUAUCCAGAAGGAAACAGAACCUCAAGUCCUUCACCUGAAAGACAAGACACGGCUCGGCCAUCAAGCAAGAAUCCUUUGACCUGGACUGUGGAUGACGUGGUUUGGUUUGUGAAGGAUGCAGACCCUCAUGCUUUAGGUCCCCACGUGGAGCUCUUCAGAAAACAUGAGAUUGAUGGCAAUGCUUUGCUGCUGCUGAAAAGUGACAUGAUCAUGAAAUAUCUGGGCUUGAAACUGGGACCAGCACUGAAACUUUGCUACCACAUCGAUAAGCUCAAGCAAGCCAAGUUCUAA